AUGUGCAACGGGCUUCUGCGUAUUUGGACCACCAUGAAGAUGCAGCUCUUUCUCUCUUGUUCCAUCUGGUUUUUCCACUACCAGCUGGUUUUAGCAGGCACAGUGAACCUGAAGACCUGGACUCCAGACCUGGCAUUGCCUGCAUUUCUGUGGCCUCAACCCAAAGACCUCAGGCCAAGUCUUCCAUUUGGACCUAGUACAACCAAACCUGAUGGCUGUGAGAGACAGGAAUCAAUUGACAACUUUGGCUUCUGUGUUCACACAAGGUCUGCGCCAUUUCAGAAAUCUCCAGGUGUUCAAAGUGAUUCUACCAACAAUAUUACACUCCACAACUCCAUGAUCUUCUCCGAGGAAUUAUCCCUGAUGGUAAAUACGACAACCGAAUACGACCAUCAGGUCAUUUUGGUCCUGGAACCGGACAAGGUAGUAAUGGAGGCUGCCGAAUUCAUCUUCAACAAACGCCCUAUAGAGUCAACUCUACUGAGCUACCACAAGGGGUCACUGCAAACCAUCAGGGGCCCUCGGGUAAGACCAACUGAAAGAAGCCAUGUGAUGAUGGUGGGUCACGGGGUCCGGGGUCGUGAUGGUACAGUCCAACUGGGUGGCCAUGGUCCUGAAGAGAUUGCGAAGCUGGUUGCCAACAUGGACCUGCAGGAUGGACGUAUCCGCCUGAUCAGUCUCGUGGGUUGCUACUUAGGGAAGGAGCAGCAGUUUGCCAAACAUCUCCUGCAGGCGCUGAGGGUCUUCGGCGUGGAGACAGAGUUGCUCCUCUAUACGUCUGCGGUGUCUGUGUCUCCGACAGGCGAGCAGUUAACAGAGGAGGAAGGCCUGUGGAGACACCAAGACAGCAGCAAGAGGGUCUUCGCUAAAUUGGAUCUCCGUGGAAACCUGUUGACCAGGCGGGAAGGAGCAGGCUCCAGGGGACAGGUGGUUCCUAACCACCAAGGACCUUCGCUGUUCAUGGGCUACCUGGAUUGGCCGACGGCGCCUCAGAUGUUUGUCCCCGCCGAGUUGCGCAAGAAGUACCCCUACAUCGACUGUCUUGAGGGACUCACCUGGAGCGUGUUCUACGAGGAGCAUGGGAAGAGGCGAGCUCCCGACUACAACCCUGGGAACCUGGAGGCAGUGUGGCUGAAUAGCGCGCUAGCACUGGAUACUUCCACGGUGACCAUCAAGCACAUCACCACCAUAUUGGACCUUGUCUGUGAAAUCCGGUUCAAUGCCAUGGAGGAUGAGAACGAGGAUGUUCAUUACGUGCUGAAUAACUACAUCUACAGGUUUCACAGGCGGACUCUGCGCACUGCGCUGGUGGGAGUAUUCACCAACGCUAAGGGAAUGAGUAGGGCCCAGAAAUUUAUCACUGCUUUUGAAGUUCAAAAGGAGAGCUACACCUUGCAGGAGCUGAGAAAGGGUCUCGUGGCGUCUGAAUUUGUCACGUUCUGCCGCCAGACCUUUCAGCUCCGCCACUGCGAGCACAACUGCGACCUGUGGGGUCGCUAUUUCAUGACGGCGGUCUUCUCCGCCUCGGUGCGCAACUUUCGCACUUUCUCCCUCUUCCUCGUGACCACCAUCGCAUGUGAGGUCAGCCGCUCGCAGAGUUCACAGGAUUCCAUCUGCUCCGCGUUCGUCAGCGACGACUACCCGAUGGCGACCAGGGAGCCCAGGCCUGCGCUUGAGCUGCGUCGACGAGGCUUCUACGGAGGCACCAUUGCCGACGUUGACAGCAGCAGCAACAAGGAGAAGCUGAAAUGGCUUGAUGAGGUGGUGGCCAAGGAGAACAGCCUGUACAAACGAUCCACCGCACUGAUGUCUGCUGUCGACCAUGACCAGAACACGGAGCUCGACAUAUUCGCCAGAGUCAAAGUCAUGAAUAGCUACAUGUUUUCCUCAUUCAUGGAGUUUUUCCGCGGCACAGAGGAGGGAAGGAGGCUGAAGAGGGGAUGCAUCAGUCCUCCUAACUAUGAUAAAACAGAAGAGUCCUAG